UUCAUUGAGUGACAUAGCAGGAAACUCCCUCUUAUCUGAGCUGCCCCUGACAAUAGUCCUUCUGUUCGUCAUUACACUGUGAGGCGAGAGCGACCAGCAGGAGCAGUGCUGUAGAAAUGAGUCAGACAGAGGACCUGCUAAUCGUCUACGAGACAGAGGCGAAGCAGUGGGCGACCUACCUUCAGUCAGUGUUCGCCGGUCCAGUCUCGGAGGAUGGGAUCUGCUGCUAUGACAUCACAACGGUGUCCAACCGAAGCGACGACUUCUUCGGGCUGUCCUGCUACAGCUGCAAGCUGCUGAUCCUCAGCAAGGGGAUGCUGGAGGGCCUCUGCCAGCUGCGGCGCUUCUUCUUGUCCCGAGUCUUGAGUCCCGCGGACCGGGUGGUGGUGCUGCUGUGCGGGGUGGACAGCCUGAACCCCCUGCUGAACCUGGUGCCCCUGAACGCCGACGAGUGGCUGCAGAUCUCCAGUGAACAAGAUGCCCCUGACUACGUGUCCAGUGUGGUUAGCAUUAUAAAGAAAGGUGCAUUAGCCACAGCCGUAAAUGUCAAGCCCUUGACAUGUAAACCAUCUGGACAAGAGCAGAAGGCCAAGCAGAUGCAGUCAUCUGGAGCAGACAGGGUCAGAACCAAYGUUAUGGUCGUUCCCUCGAGAGUUCCCUGCGGGAGCUCCGCGGAGGUGUUCGUUCUCCUGAAAAACAAGGCGGCCGACAGCGACUGCGAGGUGGAGUUCAGCGAUGGGAACCAGAACGUGAGAGUGAAGCCCGCUCGGUGGAACGAGCUGGUCCUGCGCGUCAGUGCACCGGACUUUCCUGCGGGGAAUGUGAGGGUGACCGUGUACAGCGGUGGAAAGUCACUGAGAAGCACACACUUGCAGUACUACACCGGCAYYGAGGAACUCCACCGCCUGCUGUCAWRYGUGGCAGAUCCUGUUCACUUCAUGUGCCAGGCUCUUCAGGUUUCUUCUGUGGACAAACUGGACCAGAAGCUGUCCUCCAUGCUGCUGGAGGGCAUGCCUACAGGAGGCUUUCAGGGACUGCAGUGUGAAAACUCAUCUGGACGAGAGCUCCACCACGCAGACACGCCCUCACUCCUCCACUUUGCUGCUCGACACGGACUCAGGUGCGUCGCCGACCUGCUUCUCCARUGUCCCGGCGCCGAGCGGGCUCUGCGCACGGCCUGUCGCCGCGGCCAGACUCCCGCCGAGGUCGCAAAAAGUCACGGCCACAUGGAGCUUCACGUCCUGCUCAAAGACACACUGAGGAUGUUCAGCUCUGGCGAGGACGUGGACGGCAGCGUGUACGAAAUGAUGUGCAACGCAGGUGCAAACAAACAGCAGCAGCAAGGUGAGGAUGAAGAGCGGGAGGACGAUGAUGUGUACACACAGCUGGGGGAGAAAGAUGGCUCUAACCCCGAUCAGAACCCAGAGGAGGCCAUGGUCAUGGCUAACCGCCCGCCGGAGCCGACUCCCAGGCCUGAGUGCAUGAAGGCGAAACCGUGCAAAACCCCCUACAUCGCCCAAGUGUUUCAGAUGAAGAAAACAUCUAAAAUGGCUCCUGAUGCGUCUUCACUUUUCUCUAAACAAGGACAUAAGCAAGAAAGCAGCACCACUUCCACCUACGACACGUUUGUACCAAACCGGAUGCCCAGCCUCGAUCGACUCAUCGAGCUCCAGCAGAGGAUGAAGACCAGUUCCCUGUCUGUGGACGAGGAGAAGCAGAGUCCCCUGAGAGCCAACAUGGUCAACAACAGAGACGACGUCUACGGUAAAUUAGAAAUGUGA